CUCCUUCUGUCAAAAUGGCUGCCGCUUGUGACAUUUCCGAUUCGCAAGAGUCACCAGGUAAUCAAAUUGUUGUGAGUGAGGUACCUCUAGGAGUGUGGACAGUACAGAAUGAUCAAGUCAUUCCCACUACCAGCUCUGGGGAGGAAACAUCUGAAGUUAAGUCGGUCCAUGUGGUGGUAUCUGUACAACCUGAGGAAAAGAAACCCUCCCACGCGGAGGGCUAUCAGGAGAGAAGGUCAGGGAGAAUCCCCUCCAGGAAAAGGAGUGUUCCAUUCAAAUUUAGGGAUUACAGAAAUCCAGACCUAGUGAAUGAGGAAAAUGAGGAAGAGGAAACUGAGGAGAAGUUUACACCCGAGGAGGAAUUCAGGAAUGUAUCCCUUGUCAAGCGCACAACCACUGCCUCCACAAGGAAAAGAGGACGGCCUAGAAAACUGCCUAUAUAUGACUCCCCAGUGACACAAGAAGUAAUCUCAUUAGAUGCUAAUGAAGCAAACAGCUUAGGGGCAGGGAAUGGGGAGGUCAGCAUUGUGAUCAUUCAGCAGGGGGCAGAGGGGGAAGAUAUUGUUCUGCAGACAGAUGGGGAAGAACUGACCUUCGCAGAUGGGGGAGAGGUAAUAAACAGUGCACAGGAGACAGAACAAAACACACACCUACCUCAGCAACUUAGUGUGACUGAAGAAGGAGGGAAAGCAGAGGAAGGCUUAGCUCAGUCUAGUCCAGAGAGUGAUACUGAGGGUCACAAAGAAGUGACAAGUAGUACUGAGCUCACAGAGAGGGUAGGGGGAGAGAGUGGUGAAGGAGAAAGCAUAUCUAAACAGGAAAACCAAGGGGAGGAAAGAAGCUCUGUGACUCAGGAGAGAGGAUUGGAAUCAGAGAGUGAACUCAAGUCAAAUCAAAAGCCACGAAUUGUCUACCUCAAUAAGAAACCACGGCGGAGUGGGAAGAAAAAUAACCUGGUGGUGGUAUACUCUUGUGGAGUAUGCAUGAAGAAGUUUUCUUCUAAAGGAAAUUUGAAAACUCACAUGAAGAUACAUUUAGGAGAAAAGCCUUUUCACUGUAAUGUAGAGAACUGCAGCAAGACAUUCAGGAGUAAUGAAGCACUUAGGAGACACAAGAUGUCACAUCUGGGUAUUAAACCAUUUGAAUGCAGUUUUUGUAAGAACAAGUUCUCCAGUAAUGUUAGCCUCCAGGAACACAUGUCACGUCACACCGACAGCAAACCUCACCAGUGUCACAUAUGUCUGCGGAACUUCCGACAGGUCAGCUGUCUACGACGGCAUCUUAUCACCCACUCCUCAGAGACGCCGUUUGCCUGUACGAUAUGUGGGCGGAAGUUCUCCCAGAAUAUGUACCUUAGGUCACACAUGAAAAUGCACACAGGAGAGAGACCAUUCAAAUGUAAGCAGUGUGAUAAAGCCUUUGCUCAUCAAUCUGAUCUCAACAGACACAAAAUUGUUCACUCAGGAGAAAAGCCGUAUGAAUGUGAGGUGUGUGGCACGAGAUUCAGUGACCCCUCUAGUAAGAGACGCCAUGAACGAGAACAUGUGGGAACCAAACCGUAUGUGUGUCAACUAUGUUACGAGUCUUUCAAACGGGCUGGACAAUUAAAGGCUCACCUAAGUAGAAAACACCUGCACCAGAAGGAUGAUGUCCAAGUGAUUCGAACCAGUACGGGUGCUUUACAGUUUGUAUUCCCUAAUGCUGACCAGUGUAUUACCCAGCAAGAAAUUGCAGCAUCCAUGUCCGGGGAUCAACAUACCAUGAUAAAACAGAAAAAGAUUGUUAAGUUAAUUCAGGACCUGAACUCUUCUAUACAGAAUGUCCCCAUCAACCCCCCUCCUCAUGAUUAUUCUGCCACAGAAUCGUCGUCUGUGCUCGACGGAGAGAGACAGGAGGAAAUGUCUGUAGACUCCGUAAUUACUGAGGCACUGGAAAAAAAUCAGGGACUGAUUUCACAGGGGAGGGAACAGAGAGUCCAAACUCUACCCGUGUCCACUUUUGAUAAUUCCCAGAUGACUGAACCAACAGUGGUGACCAUUGCAGAGGUUCUGGACAAUGGUCACAUCCAGACUAUUCAGUCCGAUGACUGUGUUCCUGUGGAGUACCUUCACAUUAUUGAGGAGCUGGCUCCAGAGUCUCUGGAGCAGCAGGUUGUGGAGGUCCACUAUCAGGAUUCAGAACAGAGAGGAGAGCCAGAGCAAUCCACGGAACAAGUGCUCCCUAAACAAAAUGAGGAGUCUGCAGCAGCGAUUGCCUCAGUCUCAGAUCAGGCAUCAGACACUACAUCCAUGGAUUAUGUCAAUCAUCCGGAUUUCAGCAGCCAGGCUUACUAUAACUGGCUCUGUAGUUUUACUGAGCUCUGUAAAGUCAUGCCAAUGCCUCUUGAUGUUUCACUGUUUCAGAAAAUCAGUCAGGUGCACAAACAUUUGUCAGAUGUCAUGGCAACACCUUCUGGGGUGGUAGCAGACAAGGAGAAUUUUAAAACUCUCAUGAACAUUUCAAAAGAAUUGAAUACAAUCAUUAAUGAACAUUUAUUUUAUGUCAUGCAAAAUUUAGAUGCCAUGGAUGAUAAAGAGUAAUCAUGGUUUAUUUGUUAUUACUGUUUUACAUUGUUGUUAUGUAACUUCCUUGUACUUAAGAUUAAGGCAUUCAGCAUAAUUAGGGUAUCAACAUUUUGUAUUUUUGCAUUGGUCAAGAUUUUUAUAUUUAGCUUUUGAGCUGACAUUUUAUAACAAUGGAUAUACAUGUAUGUUAAUUUUGUCACUGACAUUGCUUGUAUCUGUUAUUUAUUUUUAUACUCUGUGGCAAAAUGAAGAUCCUGAAGAAACUUGCUUAUGUUUCAUGUUUUUCUUGUUCAUUUACAUAUGUCAAGAGUGUGAUUCUAAGUUAUGCAAGGUGUCUUCAAAGCUCUUCUAUUCAGUAAUUUGACAAAAAUGAAAAAGAGAUUUAAAAAAAAGAAGAAAAUAAUAGAAGUUUCCCAUAGGAAUAUAAAAAUACCUGAUGCAAUGUACAUAUUACAAAAUUCACCAAUAUUACAUCAAUGCUUGUGGUAGAUGAAAGAAUACAAAGAACGGUAACUGUUUAUUGAUACAUGUAAUAGAUUUCCCUGUAUCAUAAGUAAAUAAAAACAUCUGGAGACACGCA